AGCAGUUGCGAGCGGCGCGAGCGCAGGCGAAGGUGGCUCCUGGAGUUCUUCUCUCUCUUCUCUUCCGAUGAUGAGCGGCGCCGCGCGAUAGCUGUCAGUCCGCGUUCCGUGUGGGUGCAUCUCGUCGGGAGCGUCUGGUGUGCGCGCGCGAUGCGCCGUGUGGCCGGCGGUUUCGUGGUUGCACGAGAGACAACGUGCCAACGUACGACGACGACGACGACGACGACGGACGACCACUAGCCUCCACGUUCCCGGGAGUGUCCUGAACCUCCCCGAGACGCCGCGUCGUGGAUUACCCAGCGGAGGGGGUGGCACGAGCGUGGCGAGACCGUGGAGCAGCGGACGACGCGAGAAGGAACGAAGCGGCGGCGAGUCCGAUAAUCCGAGGAUGGGCGGACAGACGAGAGGACUCUGAGAGUUUGUAGCGAUAUACAACUUCGUCGCCGGCUUCAUUGCUGACCGUCCGGGCCGGAGUUUCAACGGGAUGAUGGAGGCUUGCCCCGUGAAUGUGUCUAGGAUAGAGGGUGCGUAGGAUUCGCGCAGAGGUAGACCAGGAAAGAGAGAUCCAGCAUGGGGAAGUGUUGCAGCAAACGGCAAGAGUCUCAACCGAUCGGCUAUAAGAAAGCAGAUACGGGACUCAGCUCAAAGCACAGCAAUGGAGGUUCCUUGGACCGAUACACUGCCGACCCAAAUCAGAGAGGCGUGCAAGCUCGGGCGGAUAUUAUCCGACCGAGACCGACACCCUGUAAGCUACAGAUACCGCAUCAGCAACCCCGUAAAACGAAUCCGCCUGUUAAGUCUGCAUCGCACUCACAAAGAUCCAACAAGAUCGUGGUGGCACUGUACAAUUACACGGCGCGAGAAAGCACCGACGUUAGUUUCAUGAAAGGCGACCGAAUGGAGGUGCUCGACGAUUCCGAGCCGGACUGGUGGAGAGUGCUGCACUUAACGACUCUGCAGGAAGGCCUGAUCCCUUGGAAUUUCGUGGCAGUCGAGCGGUCGGUCGAGAGCGAAGAUUGGUUCUUCGAAAAUGUGUCGCGCAAGGAGGCGGGCAAGCUGCUUUUGGUCGACGAGAAUCCUCGCGGUACGUUCUUGGUGAGGCCGAGCGAGCACAAUCCUAGAGGUUACAGCUUGUCGGUUAAGGAUUGGGAGGAAGGAAGGGGUCAUCAUGUGAAACACUAUAAGAUUAAGCCGCUCGACAAUGGCGGUUUUUUCAUCGCCACCAAUCAAACGUUCUCCAGUUUACCGGCUCUGGUUAUGGCAUAUAGUAAAAACGCAUUGGGUCUCUGUCACGUACUUUCAAAGCCUUGCCCGAAACCACAACCGGACAUGUGGGAUCUUGGGCCUGAGUUGCGCGACAAAUGGGAGAUUAACAGGAAUGAGAUACAGUUGAUCUCAGAAUUGGGUAAUGGCAAUUUCGGCAAAGUUUAUUAUGGCAAGUGGCGAAACAAAAUCGAGGUAGCGGUAAAGACGCUACGUCCAGGGACCAUGUCGACCGAGGCGUUUCUGCAGGAGGCAGCAAUAAUGAAACAAUUCCGACACAGGCAUCUGGUUGCAUUAUACGCGGUUUGCUCGAAAGAGGAGCCCAUAUACAUUGUGCAAGAGUACAUGUGUAAUGGCAGCCUGUUGGACUUUCUCCGAAAGGGAGACGGCAAGUAUAUGCAGUUUGAAGAUCUGAUUUACAUUGCGGCCCAAGUAGCCUCUGGUAUGGAAUAUCUCGAGAGCAAACAGCUCAUACACAGAGAUCUCGCGGCGAGGAACGUGCUGAUCGGCGAGAAGAAUAAAGCGAAGAUCUGUGACUUCGGUCUCGCGAGGGUAAUCGAGGACGACGAGUAUUGUCCAAAGCAGGGCAGCAGGUUCCCCGUCAAAUGGACCGCGCCAGAGGCCAUCGUCUACGGCAGGUUCAGCAUCAAGAGCGAUGUUUGGUCUUACGGAAUCCUAUUGAUGGAGCUCUUCACUUACGGACAAGUUCCUUAUCCUGGUAUGCAUGGUCGUGAAGUGAUCGAACAAGUGGACAAGGGCUAUCGUAUGCCGAAACCGUUGAACCAUCCGCUGCCCGACAGUAUCUACCGACUGAUGUUGCAGUGCUGGGACGCUAGCCCCGAGAAGCGACCCACGUUUGAGUUCCUGAAUCACUAUUUCGAGUCGUUCAACGUCACUAGCGAAAUACCGUAUCUCGAACCGCCGACAGACUGAUAUACAGCCCAUCAGUACAUGCAAAAUCAUCAUCUGCCGGCGCACGGUCAUUUUCACCCAGCCCACAUCAAUUGUGCCAUGGAAUUUUAUGGUAUUUACUGCUAAGUAAAUUAUUUAGCAUGUAUAACACCGCCUUCAUCGGAACCUUCGCAGAUUGGUUGCGUCGUUCUCACGGAGAGAAGAUAUUUCUAAUGGGAGAAUACAUAUACAUGUCCUCGCAAUACUUUGCAUUAUUGUCGCGAGUGACAUUUCUUCGACUGCGAAAUUUUUCUACAAAUUUUGGCGACCAAUUUUCACGAGAUACAGUGCCGCGAUUCUUAUCGAACUGUCACUGUCAAAUGCUGCCGAAAGUUUAAUCUCUCGUCUCUCUUUUCUCCUCCCUCCCUUAUGUGUCCUUAUAUGUUCUUAGUGUUAAGCACUAAAAACGUCAAACGAUUUGGAAGUUGAGUGUGCCAUGGUGUUUUUUGUAAGUAUCGUUCGAAAGGACGAAUUGACGAGAUUCUAAUCUUCAUGACCAAUCAGGCGUAAUACUUAGAAUCGAAAACGAGAAACAAUUGCGAUUUUAGAAUUCACGAGAGUACCGACAAGUCUCGUUUUACCUGCCCUUAAAAUUCGCGACUACUUAAGCAUGUUUUCAUACUUUUGACGAUGAGCAACCACAAUAAUAAAGACGCUAGCAAUGUCGAUAAAUUUAGGUACAAGUCACGGUAUUAGAAAAUAACGAUGCAAGUUUGGAGGUAAUUUUCGGAAUUAUAGAUUAUAUAAUAUAAUCAUAUAUUAGUAUGUUAGCAUAUGAUUACGAGAUAUAUAUAAAGAGAGAGAGUGUGUGAAAAAGAGAAAAAGUGUUAUACGAAGGAGUGUAUGCAUGUGCGUAUUUGCGCGUAUUGUGAACUUGUGAUUUGUCACACACAAGAGCAUGUUGUAUUUAUAUUUUAUUGAUCUCGGAUUACGGUUUCAUCCGAAUUUUCCUAAGGUCCAGUUUUUGGACACGUAAUCCUCAAAGGCAAAUUUCGUAUGUACCGUUUAUAAUAAAAUGCAUGAUUUUUUAAACGAGGGCUGAACAUAAUAAAAUUAAAUAUGAAGGAUGUCUAUGUGGAUCUCUCGCGUGUAAUUUGUCUGCCGAAAGAAACUCGAAAAGAAAAUUCUCGUAUGACAUGAUUAUUGCGUACAGGCCGCGUGAAGUUUAUUUUCGCGAAAUGAUAUUAAAGGUUUGACUGUUUAUUUUUUUCCAAGUGUUAAAAAUCAUGUGUACGUUUCCGUGCAUAAAUUCCGAAUUUACGGGCGCGUUUCCUUUUACUGUUAUUGCUACGCAAUAAUUUCUUUUCGGGUAUAAAACGCACGCAAAGGAGCAAUGAAAUGCAUUCACUUGGACUUGGAAGAAAGUCUCAGUGUCCAGUCGAGAGUUUUAUCUCAUGAGAGUUUAACUUUCGAUAACAACUUGUUAUUAACUUAUUCUCCGAAAACGAUCCUCGAAAAAAACUCUCGAGUGUGCACACAGCCAAACGUAUCUGCCAAAACAGAUCUGAUUUUAUUUUAGAUUGUAUCCGCUUUCUAUUCUGAUUUUCAUUUUUAUAGCUUUUUUUGACGUAGCACACCGAUGUAUUUAACAUUAUCGGCGUUUUCACGCAUGGAUAGUGUGUAUUCGAGUCUAAUUUAAGUUAAUCCUGCGAAAGCGCAGCGAAUACCUCGCAUAAAUUUGCAUUAUUUUUAUUUCGGCAGUUGCUGUCUAGUUCUAUUUUACAACACUUUUUCGAUAAGUAUCAUUGGUCUCGUUGAAGAGAAAAAAAGAAGGGUAUAAAAAUUAGAAUAAACGAGAGAAGCGAGAAAGUUACUAAUAUCCGGAUAAGUACGAAUGCGUGAAUGCGUUUGCGAAAAAAAAGGGAAAGAAAAGUGUCCCGAAACUCAUGUUUGCGAUGUAAACCGACGCAGCGGAUUUCACAUCGGGAUAUAUCGGAUGCAUUUUCGGAUAAACUUAAGUCAUCGAUGUUACUCGUACAAAGCGUCUGAAAAAUUGUAAAUUUUCUACUUAACGAAGGAAGAAAGGAAAUAUAAACGACGAGUAGAAUAGAGAUUAUUUAGACGAUAAGCGUGACAAUUUUGUCGGCGGAUCGACGACUUUGCUCUCUCUUCGCGGUGCUCGAAAAAGAUAUUCUUGUGAAUCGCUUCCGAUUCUUUAGGAUUCAAUGUCGUCCCCGCGAAGUACGUUUCACGCUCGAGACCCGAGAUCGAGUUGAUCGCACCGAUAUCGGUUUAAGCCAGCUCUAAUUUUAACGCGUUACUUUUUCUAAAUUAUUAUUUAAUUGUAAUUAAUUAAUGACUGAUACUUUUCAUGAUAGGUAAAGAUGAGAAAUGUAGAAAGUCUUAAUUAGUAUUGUAACAAAAAGAUGUCAAGACGCUUUACUGGAUGCAUUCAGCACUAUUAACAAAGUGCACUAUGUAGGCAAAUAAAAUCUUAAUUAUAUCACUAUUUUUGCGUCUCGAGUCUACAUUGUGGGUAGGUUGAACAGACCUGUAAUCUGAAAAGGAUGGCGAAUAGUUAAUUGGCAUUAUUCAACCCUGAGUGUUGAUGCAAUCAGUUGAGUCAGAUAAUCUGUGUUGAUUGCAUCAUAGUCGAUGGUGACAGACAGUGAUUAAUUUUUUCUUUUAUCUACAUUAUGAUUGAAAUAAUGAUAUAAAAAGAAAUGUUUAAUUGCUAAAUGAAAUAAUCAAAGAUGAUACAAAGAGAAAAAUAUGAUAAGAUCAUUUAAAACAUUUUGCAUUAAGUGCGUUUAAUUUCUCCUUUUCUAUCUCGUUUUCUAUAUCGUAGUAAAAACUAACUUAUAAAAAAACAGAAAAUUAGAGCCAGAGUUGGCUGGCAAGACCAUGGGUGCGAUCAGUCUUGAAUGUGUAUACAUUUUACGGUGUCACGAUAAACGCGAUGAGCCAUUACGAUACGAUAGAUAUUAGUGAUUAAAGUGAAAACAAAAUGUGAGUGCAUUGCGCGCAUGCGAGCGUAGAAAAUUGUUACAUCCGUGUUAGCGUGAUCCUCUUUUCAUGUGUAUUUUACUGCGAUUGAAUGAGAGAGCAAUAACGCGGUAAACCCAUAUAUAUAUAUAUAUAUUUACCGAUUAUCGUGCGACAAGUUAAAACAUUGCUGCAAUAUCAAUUUCGUAUCUUCACGUAAGAGAAUGUAUAACAGAAAAAGCCCUUUCUUGAAUACUAGACAUCUUAUUUUAAAAGUGAAAUAGGAACUCAUUGUUUGGAUGGUCAUGAUACUUGGUUAUUAACUUAUUAAUUAAUUAUCAACAAUAAAUCUAUUAUUGUGAAAGAAAUAAUUGCGAUAUGGUCGAGGAAGUCUAAACGACACAAAAAUUUAUCUGGAAAAAAAAAGAUAAAUAUGGAAUAUUUUUUCAGACGUUUCUUUUUGCGAGAUGUACAAAUGUAACAUAUUUUCUGACAUAUUCUCGCUUCUGGUUAUUAUGAUACACAAAUAUCUAGAAGAUGUAACUUCUUUUUUAAAUUAGCUACGGCUGAUUAAUCUUUGUAACAUCUCUCGAACUCCUACGUUGUUUGGAUACACUUUGAUAUUGCGGCAGUCCUUAUUUUAUGAAGAUCCUAGAAUCCAUAAGAGAUCCUCACCGCAAUGUUUACAUGGUACAUAGCAUAUUUCCAAUAAAAUUAUAUACGACAUCGCAUGGAAGAGUGCGCGUGAAAAGGCGUUCACGUUUACGUAGCGUUAGAGAGUAGGUGUAUUACGUCCAGUACAUUUUUUCUAUGAGCGUUUUAUACCGAUGAUAAACUUGUUUUCUCAUGAUAAACGAUCACUUGGAAAUUUCGCUGAUAAUGAUGAUGAUGAUGAUCAUGAUCGCUACCGUAGGUCGUAGAUUAAAAAAAAAAAAAAAAAGACAGAACUGAUGUGAGCUCAACAGGAACGAUCUAGACAACAGAAACGUCCAAAUAACAUCGUAAGGAUGUCUAAAGGCAUUUACUGGAUAACUGAAGAAUUAAAACGCCCUUCAGACAUAUUUCAGAUGUGUCUUUCGGACUUUGCUGUUGAAAGGAAAUCGACGAUUUCCAACGACCUGAAGCGUUCGCGUUAUAUGGUAUAUAUAUUCGCGUAGACUGUUUCAUUCGGAUUACAUUUGGACCAUGUAUUUAUAAAUUAUUAUGGUAAAGGCAUCGUGGCCUUUUUCCACUGGAUAUAGAGACUGAUAUUGUUUAAAUAAAGUCCGCGUGCUAUCGGGAAUUUUACGUCCAAUCAUUAACGAAAUCUCUAGAUAAAACUUUUUUCUAAAUCUGAUAGUAAACGUAUGUUUUGUCAAUUGUACAUGACAAUUUUUUGGUUUUCGAAUAUAGUAGCACGAGCAUAGUAGCUCACAAUUAUUCAUAUGGUGAAAAGGGCGUACUCUCUAAAUAUCGGGUGUCAAAUUUCACUAAUUUACAAGUAAGCAUUUCUUUCAAAUCUCUGAUAAAUCGUCUGUAAUUAAUUCUCAUGCGACUGAUAAGAAACAUAUUGUGCGUCUCUGGGAUUUACCGGGAAGCACCUCGGACGUAUUGUUCCCGCGUCUUUUAUUUGCAAAUAUUUUCGAUGUUUAAAUUAUUACGGUGACCUAAGAAAGGACGAGAUCAGCGACGUACGCAUAUUGUACUUAAUGAAAAUUGUUUUCAAUUAAUCGUGGAUUUCGUGACGCCUCCCUGGGGGACAGCGUAUCCGUUUGUGGUCCCUGUUCGAGUGAAAUUUUCGGUAAAUCUGUGAUAUAGGGACAGACCUCUUUCUCUAUCUUUCUCUUUCACGCGUUUUGAUACAAAAGAUCCGACAUUGUCGUCUCAGCGGCGACCACAAGAGUACCAUGCUAUCGAAGGAAGACGACAACUAUCCACGAUUGUCGUAUUAAUAUAAUCGUUUACAGAACGGAGUCAUUUCACGUGAUGCGCACAUAAAAAACAAAUAUUUUCUCAUACGUCCGUUUCUCAUAUGACUUUCUUACGUUUCGAGUUUUCUUCAUAUCGCGUACUUCACCGCGCGUCGACGUGCGUUUUCAUUCGUAUUGUACCUAAAGCGAAAACGAUCAAUACACUGUUGUCAUUGUUUAUAUACCAAAGCUUAUUAUCAUUAAGUAACUUAACGAUUACUUUGUGUUAUUAUAUUAAUUGUCGUAAGCCUAUGCAGAUAAAUAUAUUAUGUAUCAUA